CCUGUGUGCCACGUCAUUGCCCAUCGCCCUGAGUGACGCAGGCGGAAGUGCGGCGCGCCGGAGCUCCACUCACUCACUCACUGCAUCUGAACACACUUUACUUUGACAACAUUUGGGUUAUUAAACCAAACCUCGCUUGUGAUCGACGUAUGUUUGAGGCCUGUGGGAUGUUGCUGGACGAGACGCCGCUGUUUGACCCCUCUCUGCUCCAGGAGCUGGACUGGAGCAGCAGCAAGGUGUCCUUCUCACCCCCCAUCUCACCCUUAGAGCCCGGAGACGGCCUCGUCCUCCGUCCUCUCCGCCCUGCCGACUUAGACAGAGGACUGUAUAAGGUGCUGUCGCAGCUCACGGUGGCAGGAGACGUCACAAAAGAGCAGUUCAAAGCGAAUUUUGAACACAUGAAGAAAACGGGCGACUACUACGUCAUCGUUGUCGAGGACACAAACGUUGGACAGAUCGUUGCCACGGCGAUGCUCAUCGUAGAGCACAAGUUCAUCCAUGCGUGUGCAAAGCGAGGGCGUGUUGAGGAGGUGGUGGUCAGCGACGUCUGCCGAGGGAAGCAGCUGGGAAAACUGCUCGUCGCAACAUUGACUCUGCUCAGCAAAAAACUGCAGUGCUACAAGAUCACGCUGGAGUGCGCACAGAAAAACGUGGAAUUCUACAAGAAGCUGGGUUACACGCCCUCGGAGGAGACCUACAUGCAGUGUCGCUUCUUCGACUGAGUCCUUCAGGGACGUUACAGAGCGUGCAGCUCCUGAUAUCCGAGCUCACGCUGACUGUAGGUUUACCUUGCUUCUGUGCCAUUUUCCACAAGGACGAGCCGAGACUUACUGGUAGUCUGGGACAAAACAAAACCACAGCAUGAUGAAGGAUUGCGGCUCGUGAAAGUAGAAUAUGAAGUAGCGGUCGCUAAUACUCUCAGAAGGUCUCUUCAUUUGUUAGUCAUUUAUGCUGGAAGCUAUCUUUAAGAAGAAGGUACUUGAAUAUUUUCUAAAAAAAAAAACAAAAAACAGAGGUAUAACUUUUCUAUUCUAUUCUACAUGGUAAUUUAUAUUUUACUUAUAAUAAACAGUACCAAAAUAUUCUCUGAUGCAGAACGAAGACCAGUUUUGCAAAUUGUUGCGUCGACUUCGAGCGUGUUUUGCUUACACACAAUCAUGUAUCAUUCUGCAUUUUUUUAUGAUAGUUUGUCCAAAAAAAAAAAAAAAAAUUAUAUAUAUAUAUAUAUAUAUAUAUAUAUAUAUAUAUAUAUAUAUAUAUAUAUAUAUAUAUAUAUAUAUAUAUACAAAAUCCCAAAUGUAUUUCAAUCAGCCAAAAAAAAAAACGUUAAAGCUGGGUUACAAAUUCCAGAGACUCUGGCGAGCUCACGUGCAGAACUGGAAGCUGAAUGAAAUGAAUUUUUGGGUUUCUCUGUCUGACUGUACCGCUAGACAUGUGCCGAUAUAGUUUCCUAUCACGGUAAUCUCUUAAUCAUUGCUCACGGUUUACAAGAUCAUGAUAUUUAAAAAAACAAAUAAAUAACAUAAAAAAAAAUUAGUGCUAAUUUUUGCAUCCAUGAUAACACUACUACUGUGCAUGCUGAGUAUCAGUUAUAUAUUGAAUAUUGGCACAUGUCUAGUCCUGAUAGGAAUUUUCUUUAUUAUUUAUUAGCAUAAUGUAUACCAGAGAAAGUGGCAAAUAAACUGAUUACAAACAUAUGUUCCAAUCAAAAAAAAAAAAAAAGAAAGAUACACUACCUAACAUUUAUUUUUAUAUCAUAAAUAUAAAAUUUUGAUCUGGAGUUGUUUAUAUACUGUAUGCAGCAUUUUCUUAUUUUUUUGUUAUCGUAAAUUCUCUAUAAUGGAAAAAAAAAUGGGUAAAAUAAGUUAUUUUUAAAUUCCAAUUAAAAAGCUUUUCUGUUUA